AUGGCUGCGUCGGCAUCGUUCCUCGAACGAGCCGUGUCCAACUCCCAGGUCCAGCUCGCCGCCACCGCCAUUGCCUCCGGCGCCGUCGUCGCCGGCCUCAUUCUGGGGUCCCAGCGCCUGCAGAGAGAAGAGCGCCUCCACCGACUUAAGGAUUCGAUACCGUCGCUGCUCGACGAGAGCGAUGAAGCCUUGCGAAGGCUCAGCAGCUUCGACGCCAGCGCUAGCGCAGCGGCCGAGGCCGACCGGGAGGAUGCGCGGAACGAGCUGCUGGCGCGGCGGGCGCGGGCCGGCGACUACGACGAGGAGCUGAUCCUCGAGCAGCUCGCGCGGAACCGCGUCUUCCUCACGCCGGCGGGGCUUGACCGGCUGCGCGCCGCCUUCGUGGUCGUCGUCGGCUGCGGCGGCGUCGGCUCGCACUGCGCCGCCGCCCUCGCCCGGUCCGGCGUGUCCCGCCUCCGCCUCGUCGACUUCGACCAGGUCAGCCUGAGCUCGCUCAACCGCCACGCCGUCGCCACCCUCGCCGACGUCGGCACCCCCAAGGUCCGCUGCCUCGAGCGCCGCCUCGCCGCCGUCGCCCCCUGGGUCCGCUUCGACCUCCGCCAAGAGAAGUUCUGGGACGAGGCCGCCGGCCAGCUGCUCGCGCCCUGGGAGGGCGAGCAGCGCCCCCCCGACUUCGUCGUCGACGCCAUCGACAAUAUCGACACCAAGGUCGCCCUGCUAAAAUACUGCCACGAUCACCACCUGCCCGUCAUCUCGUCCAUGGGCGCCGGGUGCAAGAGCGAUCCGACCCGUAUCAUUGUCGGCGACAUCGGGACGAGCACCGACGACGGCCUGUCGAGAUCCACUCGGCGACGCCUGAAGCUGCUGGGCAUCACUAAGGGGAUCCCGACCGUGUACUCGACGGAGAAAACCGGCGAGGGCAAGGCUGAGCUGCUGCCGCUCCCGGAAGACGAGUUUCAGAAAGGUCAGGUCGGCGACCUUGGCGUCCUGCCCGACUUCCGCGUGCGCAUAUUGCCAGUUCUGGGCACUAUGCCGGCAGUGUUCGGGUACACGGCGGCGAACCACAUCAUACUAUCCAUCACAGGAUAUCCGCACGACUACGUGCCGGCCAAGGGCCGCGAGAAGAUGUACGAGGGACUGCUGGCUGCGGUGCAGGGCAGCGAGGAGCGGCUGGUGCGGCAUGCGACGGGCGGGGACCCGGCAGUGACGCUGGGGCUCAAGAUCCCGCUCACGGCGGCGGACACGGCCUUCCUAGUGGAGGAGGUCUUCAAGGGCCGCAGCGCCGUCACGGCGCUCCCGACGCGCCUGACGCUCCUGCGGUGGCGCCGGCCGGCGAGCUCCAUUCUCGUGCGCGUCGGCGAGGGCGCCCACGAGCAGAAGUCGACGAGCCUCCGCCUCGCCGACCUCGUCUGCCUGACCAAGGAGGAAGCCGUCCGCCACGACCAGGAGGUGCUGCGCGGCGACAAGACGCCCGAGGACCUGUACGACGAGGCGACGGUGAAGAAGGUUGAAGCGCUGCUGAGGGACUCGGCGAGGUACGAGAAGUAUAGGUGA